CUCGUUUGCUUGUCACUCAGGCAAAAAAUAGCUACAUUAAUUCACAAACAUCUGAAUUGAAAUGUUAAAAGCUUAUGUGAUAUUGUUAGAGACUGCCUCGUAAUGGUUACAUGACAAAAACCAUGAAAAUGAUGGAAUUAUUAAAGAAAUGAUACAUCAAAAUAUGGAUUAAUUUAAUAAAACGUUUUUUAACGAUUUGUUAUUUUUCUAAAUAAAUGAUGACGUCAUGAAAUGUUUUCCCAUCGACGUCAUGUUAAAUAGCGGACAUUUUUUAAAAGGUGUGAACAAUCAAGACCAAAGUGUGAAGAAACAACAACUGAUUUUUCUUUUAAAUUUUAUACCAAAAUGGGAUCAAAAGCUAUAACAGGAAAUGAUAACAUAUAAACAAAUCUGUUGGAAGUAAGACCAAAGUGUGAAGAAAAAAACACAUUUUGUUUUGAUUUCAUACAAAGCUGGCAUCAACCGCUAUAAGAAGAAAUGAUAAAAACAAGUCUGCUGGACUAUUUUCAUGAAUGGCGUGAACAAAUACAUCAAACUCACACUUAAUUUCGCUUUUCAGAACGUAAUUCCAAUACAUGCGUAUUUGCCUGGCAACUAUCAACGUAGUCAUUUGAUUGAAUAUUUAAUGACUUCAGUAAUUACAUUUUGUGCAUUACGACACGAACGAAGGGCUCAUGGCGAAUUAUAGUUCUUAUUGAUGAAAACAUUAGGCCAUGCACGUGACAAUAAAAGUCGUGCAAGUGUUCGUAAUUAAUCUUUGAACAAAGUUAAAGUAAAAAAAAAUGUAUUGCGAAAGAGAGGAUUUGAAAAAACAAGCUUGAAAUCAGUGUCUAUAUGAUGGGAAGUGUUAGUUUGUGUUUGUAUUCGUUAAACACAAGUAAAUAUGUAAAUUAGUUUCCAGUUUUAGUGUUAGUAAUAAAAUAAUUCGGAGAUUCACGCUCAGUCGGUUAUACGGUAAUCUAAAAUGACAAGUGCGCACGUGUAUACCGUGUAGAGCGGAAGUGACAAGUGGUCACCUAAGAGGAUGACGACCCUUGACGUGCAUCUGCCGCCCAUCAAUGUGCCUGUCAUCCUAACCGACCCGUACAAAGGAAGUCACGUUCUUCGAUGGACGAAGUCGCGAGGCACGGCGGACACAGGUCCGCGGGCGACCAUGUCGCGCGAGGCGUCUUUUGCAAUGGAGGAAGAUGACACAUGGUCCUCCAGCACGCCCUAUCGCCUCCCACGCCUCUCCCCUGGACGCUCUCCGUCACCGGAAAUCGAACAGGCGCAUGUGCGUGAGGAGCGGAAGUCGCCUCCACAUGAUAAAGUUUGGAGCAGGCAUGGAUACGAGAAAAUAAUUCGAAUCCCGGAGCUCGGCCCACAAGUCCGAAUGCUGGUUGCGCCGGCGCGGACCCCGGUGGGCGGACAGUACCCGCGGGCAACACCGCGCUUCAAACAGGCGGCCAUCACGCCGACUGUUCGAUCGGUGCCGUGGAAUGUGGGACGUGGCGACACCCACCACAUACAUCUGUAUGACACAGUACGAACGCCGCGUAUGCACGACGAUGACGUCAUGCACCAACCGAGAUUGGAACCAACCCCUACGCCGAUUUCGCGCAGCGAAUCUCCCGCUAAAUCUGUAAAGAGUAUUCACUGGAUUCUAGGCCACAAUCGAUACCACACAUUCGAUAAAACGGGUAGAAGCCAUAUCCAGGGUCCGUACUCGCGUGAGUUCCACGUGACAUGCAUGGCUCCACAGACCUGGCUAAAAAUGAAGUGGGGGCGCUCAAAAACCAUGAUACACUAGGGACGCUCGACUGUUCGAAAGAGCAGAGAAGAGAGAGAAAAGUGCUCUUUGUUUUACGGAGCGGAGUCAUGGAGUGAAGGAUAGCAUGAUUAACAAAAUGUUUACAAAAUAUGGCCCUUAUUUGUUUCAGAUGAAACUUAACACGAGAUCGCAAGUUUAAUGCUACAGUAAUAUAUGGAUCUGUUGAACAUUCGACCAGUAUAUUCUAGCUAGUGUUGUUUUGUACAAAAUUUGGCCAGAUUAUAUCAACGUUUACUGUUAUAGUUUUUGUGAUAAUAUACAAUAGUAUUCCAGCCACUGGUUAAAAUUUAAAAGACAGUAAUACGUGAAAUACGCAUACGUUUUUUUCUUUCCCCUUAACAAUCAGAUACAAAAAAAACAAGGGGAUAUUACCACUAGCAGAUAAACCCCCUCCCCUCCCCCUUCUCCACCCCCUUGCCAACACUAAACCAAACAAAUUUCGGUUUUGAGGGAGGGUGCAAGUCAAAAGGUAACGCCCCUGAGGUACGCCCCCUCUAACAACACAUCCUGGAUCCGCCCCUGAUAACGGGAAUUAAUAUAGUGCUAUCACUGUUGUGUAAUCUUAAUUACAUUUUAAGACAUGCGAAUGCUCUAAGGGAAAUCACUAUGUUGGAGUUUUUGACAUUUCAGCCCCAAAUUCUACACAGUUAAUUCCCUUUGCUGUGAUUGGAGAUCACUGCGUUUUAAACCGUUGACAUAUAUAACAUAUUUGACAUAAUUUCAAAGACAGAAGUGUGAAACUGUACAGUAAAUCUAUUGGGUUUUCACAUGUAUUAUUCAUGUUGUUGAUAUUCAUUUCUAAAGAUGUACCGUUUUGUGUUUGCCGUAUCAUAUUUUGUAACUGUUAUAAAAUUAUUCAUAGAAUUAAAAAAAGUAUUUUGAAAAAUGGUUUAUUGUGACAAAACUUUGUGGUGAGCAUAAAACGAGGUAAAAAUGAUCCAACUGAUAUGACCCGACAAGCCGCCGGGGUGAACACGUCGCCGGACAGAGACACGCGAUAAUUUGAGUUCAUCACCGGACGCCUCGUCAGUAUCAUUUCACCUCUUCACGAGGUAUAUCCCGAAGAUUGCCGGAGAUGGCCGAGAUGUUACGAUUGGAUAUAUUCCGCACUCGUCAAUCAUCAUAAUUACGCUUUUCCCUAUAUUCCCUCAAAAAAUAUUGAUAUAAUAUUAAAUGCAAUGAUUGUGUUGCAGUUUGAAGAAUUCUUUAAG